AUGCGUCCGCACCGCCACCUGCGCCGCCGGCGCCAGCGCCGCCGGCUGCUCUCCAAGAGGCUGGCGCAGACGGGCUACCGCGGCCACCGCUGCGCCCGGCCCCACGAGCCGGUGGUCGAGCUCGACUGCACCCGGGCGCCGCCGGACGCGCGCGCGUUCUUCGACGCCUUCGUGCGGCGGCGGCGACCCUGCGUGCUGCGCGGCUACGCGCGCACGGCGGCGCUCGGCGUCGUCUCGGACGCGUGCGGCGCCGCGGACCCGGCGCGGGCGUGGUGCGCCGCGCUGGACCGGGCCGCCGGACCGAAGGUGGUCCGGGCCGAGGUGCGCGAGCGCGGGCGGUUCGGGCGGGGCAACGAGUGCCAGCUGCGGGUCCGCGGCUUCGUGGCCGAGGCGCUUCACCGCCACGCGACGGGCGGGGCGUGCCGGUACUACCUGACGACGCAGCCCCUGGCCGAGGACGCCGAGGGCCGGCCGGAGCUGUGCGGCGAGCCCGUGCGGAGCCUCGUGCGGGAGAACCUGUUUCCCCCGACGUGCCCGCUCCUGCCCUCGCUCAUCCUCGCGAACGCGAACGUCUGGAUGGGCUGCGCGCCCGCGGGCCGGAGCACGUCGUCGGGCCUGCACCACGACUUCCACGACAACGUGCUCGUCCAGGUCUGCGGCGCGAAGCGCGUCCGCAUGUGGGACCCGAGCGCCACGAAUGUCCUGCGGCCGGCGGGCGGCCGGGCCCGCGUUCACGCGAACGGCCGCGUCGUCUACGGAAACGAGCGCGUCGAGGCCGACGGCCGCGACGCCGCGGCCGCGACGUCGCUGGACCUCCACCGCGCGCUCGACGACGCGAGCGACAGCGACGACUGCGACGCGUUGUUGGACGCGGCGCUGGCGCUCGAGGCCAAUCAUGAAAAGGAACCGGCGACGCCGCUCGCGCCGGGCCCGCCGAACUUCGCGACGCGCAAGGCGCCGCGGGGCCUGCCGUCGUACGCCGCCUGCUACAUCGGCCCCGGCGACGCGCUCUACAUCCCGUGCGGCGUCUGGCACGAGGUCUCGAGCGGCGGCGGGCUCCACGCGGCGGCGAACUACUGGUGCCACCCGCCCGACGGCGCUUCCUUCGCCCGGCCCUACACGAGCAGCUUCUGGGCCGACGACUGGGCGCGGCGGCGGCGCGACGACCCGUUGCUCAAGACUUAAGUACUGUUAGG